ACGAAGAGGCGCUAUUUUCGGCUACCCAAGCGGAUAGCCGCGUUACAUUGCCCGUUGAUUUUUCUCGGUGUCUCAAAACCCAGUCGUUUGCGUGUGUGCUAGGCUAGGGGCAGCUGUUUUGAUGCUUAGUUGAGGCUCAUAAGUCAAAGCUAAGCUGCACUCGCUGGACGAACGCCCGGGUUACGAGGUUAGUCAUUAAUUUCUACCACCGGGGUGAGUUAGUUGCGGUUGGAAUUUGCUUCGGAGCUCAAGUGUUUUCUGGGGGUUUCUCUAGCGUCUAGGAAUAAUUAGUAGUUUUAGUUGUUUGUGUUCGGUGUUCGGUUUCGAAAUGGUAUUCUGGUGGAUUGGAGUUUUCGCUACCGUGCACUAUUUGUAUAACCAUAUUUUUGAGUCUUUCUUCGAUAUCGUUUGGGGAACGAUAAGGGAAUUUUUUAAUCCGGUACCGUUGCCGGUGAAAUAUGGUCCAUGGGCAGUCGUUACCGGGGCAACGGACGGCAUUGGAAAGGACUAUGCCGAAAAUCUCGCCCAAAAGGGCAUGAACAUUGUGUUGAUAUCCCGCACCGAGUCAAAGUUGAUCAAAGUAGCCGAUGAAAUACGGGAGCGCUAUGGAGUGCAAACUAGGUGGAUCGCAGCAGAUUUCAGUCAGGGUUCGAAAGUGUAUCCCCACAUCAAAGAGCAGCUGGCAUCGCUAGAAAUCGGAAUGUUGGUCAACAACGUGGGAUUUCUACCGACCUUAGGAGAGUUUAUCAAUAACUCCGAGGAGGAACUGCUCAAGGUCGUCAAUAUCAACGUGAUGGCAACCACAAUGAUGACCCGAACUGUGAUACCGCAGAUGAAACAACGUCGGAAGGGAAUUGUGAUCAACAUUGCAUCCAGCUCCGGAUACGUUCCGGCACCCUAUUUGGGAUGCUAUGCCGCCUCGAAGGCCUACAUCAUCUCCCUAACCCUGUGCCUGAGACGGGAACUGGCCGAUACAGGUGUCGAGUUCCAGCUGGUGACACCCUCGAUCGUCAAGACCAACAUGAGCCAGGAUUACGCUUCGAGAUCACCCUGGUUUUUUAUCGUGUUGGAGUCGAAUCGGUUCGUCAAAUCUGCUAUUCACACCAUCGGCAAGACGGCUCACACCUGCGGCCAUUGGCUUCACUGUCUACAGAUGUGUUGGUGGUUUGUUUUCCCGGAAACUUUUGGCGUCCGUGUUAUAGGUUCUGUUUUCAAAAGAGCACUUAUUCGAUAGUCUAGUGUCAUAUUAUCAAACCAAAGCUCUGGAAUAAAUACAACUGUUGUUUGUCUCCAAAAUUGCUGUUUACGUAAAGGUAACGUAACUCUCAACAAUUAGAGUACUGGAAAACUGUAAAAAAAACUGUUAACGAUCGUUGCAAAUCUGACUCAACCAACACUGAGUAUGGCUGUGUGACUCCUUAUUCGCUGGGGUGAACUUGUUUAGCAUUGAUUAAGCAAUACUCGUCGAUCAGUUGAUCCAAGGAAGAGAAAAAAUAGAACGGGUUACCCAACCCCCUUCGACAUCGAUUAGCUGUGCACGUGAAUUAUGGCCAUUAUUGAUGAUCGACGAUGCUAAUAGUGGUGGUGGUGGUGGUGCUGCUGUGAACGAUUUGAAUCAGGAAUUCAACCUGGAAAAAAUGACCACUAACUGAGCCGGUGAAUGUUGUGUAAUGACAGUUAUUUUCGAAAAGUGUUUCGCUUCCGUCGUUAAAC